UAGUAUCCAGCAUCCAAGCACGUUCUCCGUAUCUCCUCUUCCUAUCUUCUCACUUAAUUUGCUUUUCCUAUUUAUUUAUUCUGUAUUGACAUCUUCAUCAUCAUAACCUUAAAUGUCUUUGUUAUUUAACUUGCCAAGUUAGUAGCUAUAAAGCCUAUCUCCCAUCUCAUUUGCAACUAUUUUCCAAACUCCAUUCCUCUCGUCCCUUCUUCUAGAGAGAGAGAGAGAGAGAGAGAUAGGGCACACAUAUAUAUAUAGUGAGAGAAAGCACAUACUUCCAAAUAUCUUUUUUUUUCUACCGAAUUGUACUAUAUAUAAGGAUCAAAAGGACAUGUCUAGCAGAAGAUCAAGACAGUCUUCAAGUGGUUCGAGGAUCUCCGAUGAUCAGAUCGUCGACCUUGUAACCAAGCUCCGUCACUUUUUGCCUGAAAUUCGUGACAGACGUCGAUCUGAUAAGGUGUCGGCUUCAAAAGUCCUGCAGGAGACAUGCAACUACAUAAGGAACUUGCAUAGAGAAGUGGACAACCUCAGUGAGCGUCUGUCUCAGCUUCUUGACUCUGUUGAUGAAGAUAGCGCCGAAGCCGCAGUCAUUAGGAGCUUAUUCAUGUAAUAUCCAUAUAUCAUGACAUGAUCCAUAUAUAUACAUGUCUAGAUAUAUUAUAUGUCACCUUAACGUCCUCGUUAUGAAAAGAGACGGUUUAAGCUUUCACCAGA